AUGUCUCUCCAGAUUCCUAACAGAUCCAAGGCAAAUGGCUCCCAUGCCGCUACGAAGGCUGUCAUUCUAGUUGGUGGCCCAUCAAGGGGAACUAGAUUCAGACCAUUAUCUCUGGAUCUGCCAAAGCCGCUUUUCGAGGUCGCUGGCCAUCCCAUCGUCUGGCAUUGUCUCACCGCCAUCGCAAAGGUCCCCUACAUUCAGGAAGUUUGCAUGAUCGGGUACUACGACGAAUCUGUGUUCAGAGACUUUAUCAAAGAUGCUUCAAAUGAGUUCCCCCAAAUCAAGAUUGUGUAUUUGCGGGAAUAUCAAGCUCUGGGAACUGCGGGAGGGCUCUACCACUUCCGCGAUGCUAUUCUAAAGGGUCGCCCAGAACGUUUCUUCGUCCUCAACGCAGACGUUUGCUGCUCGUUCCCAUUGAAUGAUAUGCUCAAGCUCUUUGAGGACAGAGAUGCUGAGGCUGUUAUUCUCGGCACCCGUGUUAGUGAAGACGCUGCUAGCAAUUUUGGUUGCAUUGUGUCAGACGCCCAUACCCGCCGAGUCCUGCAUUACGUCGAAAAGCCCGAAUCUCAUAUCUCGAAUCUUAUCAAUUGCGGUGUCUACCUCUUCUCGACCGAGUGUAUUUUCCCCUCUAUUCGAAGUGCUAUCAAGAAACGCACUGAGCGUCCACGCCUUGUCUCAUACCCAUCCUCGGAAAACCUCGAAUCAUCCUUUUUCCAAGACGAAGAUGACGAAGAAAAAAAGAACGAGGUCUUACGAUUGGAGCAGGAUAUCUUGAGUGAUUUGGCAGACAGCAAGCAGUUCUUCGUCUACGAGACAAAAGACUUCUGGAGACAAAUCAAAACUGCUGGUUCUGCCGUGCCUGCCAAUGCUUUGUAUCUUCAAAAGGCAUGGCAAACUGGAUCCAAGGAGCUUGCAAAGGCAUCUGCGAACAUUCUCCCACCAGUCUUCAUCCACCCCACCGCACAUGUCGAUCCUUCCGCGAAAUUAGGUCCCAAUGUGUCCAUUGGCCCACGGGCUGUCGUUGGCGCCGGUGUUAGGAUCAAGGAGUCAAUUGUGCUGGAAGAUGCCGAGAUCAAGCAUGAUGCUUGUGUCCUCUACUCGAUCAUUGGGUGGAGCAGCAGAGUUGGCGCAUGGGCUCGUGUUGAAGGAACCCCGACCCCCGUCAACAGCCAUACUACAAGCAUCAUCAAGAACGGGAUUAAGGUCCAGAGCAUCACUAUCCUAGGAAAGGAGUGCGGUGUUGGUGAUGAAGUCCGAGUGCAGAACUGUGUCUGCCUACCAUUCAAGGAGCUGAAGCGGGAUGUUGCCAAUGAGGUAAUCAUGUAA